UUUCUUUUUUUUUUUGAGACUGAGUCUCGCUCUGUCACGCAGGCUGGAGUGCAGCUGUCUCAAAAAAAACAAGAAUUCCUCUUCCCCAAUUCCAGCUUGUCUUAACAAGCCAAGAAAUUAUCAGAUGUUUGUUGUUUAAGUCAUCCUUAAGGUUCCUCCAACUUUGAGAUUCUAGGAUUGUAAAAUCUCUGAGGAACCAGACAACUAUUUACUGUCCUUUAUAUGUUAUCUAUGACAUCUUUUUAUUUCAGUGUUUUCACUUCAAUAAUCUUUAAAAAUUAACACGAGCAUUUUCUUAAGCACUGGGUAUUCAUAUUAUAACUAGGCACUGCCAUACAAUUUUUGUGUCCAAGUUUAUGAUUUGUAUGUGUACAGUAUGAAUAAAAUAAAAAAUAGCAGGAUGCAUUAAGAUAUGCAACUGAACUCAAAAGAAUUUGUACUAGAGCACUCAGUAUCUUAUCAAGUGUACUGUGGGGAUCUCAUCUUUAACAGAGCAACGUACUAUGUACAUUAGCUACAGGUGUAACGGCAAAUACACAAUUAAACAUUCCUAUUCCCAAUUCCUUACUCAACGGAUUUCCAAAACUGCAAUGUAAAUCUUUUUUAAAAAUUAGUUUCACUAAGAUAUCGUUCACAUACCAUACUGUUGACUCAUUUAAAGAGUACAAUUAAAAUAUCUUUAGUUUAUUCAGAGUUGUACAAGCAGAACCACGAUCAAUUUUACAACAUUUCAUCACCUCACAAGGAAACCCUGUGCCCAUGAACGGUCACUUCCCACUUCUAAUGUGUUUACUAUGAGCUUAAAGGGCUUCCAUACAAGCUUCCCAGUAAGCAACUGGUAGGUACUAAAUAUUUGUAUAAUGAAUGAAUGACACUACAAAUGAUACCUACAUUUUUCUCUAAUCAUCUCUUCUGAACUCCAAACCUUCAUUUCUAACUGCUUGCUAGGUAUCUCCACAUGUAUAUCCAACAGCAUCUCAAACCUAACAAUGUCCAAAAUCCAUAUUAUUAUCUUCCUUACCAAACCUGUUCUUCUUGUAUUACCUAUUUCAAUGAUCGCCCAAUCUUCCUCCCACUCAGCUGCAAAUUCUAGGUCUUUAAAUCUCUCUCAUUCUCCAUUUUUAAAUAAUUCCCGUGAUUCUCUGUUCCCAGAAUGUUCUCUGUUCCCUACUGUAAUGCCGUUUAGGUCUCUCAGUAACUUUCUACUAUACUAUUAAAACAGGCUUCUAACUGGUCACCCCGCGUUUAAAAUUCCUCUUUCCAAUACAUCCUUUAUGCAGCCAUUCAAGUUAUCUUUCCAAAACAAAGAAAUGCUUAUGUCACUUCUACUCAAAGUUCAGUGCCUCGGAACAAUUGUCAUAGCCCUAAAGGUAAACCCCUUCGUUUACAGAAAAACUCCCCAGAGCUAGAGAUUCAGCAACUUGCCAAAAAUUAGACAUCUACUUAGAUGCAAAACGUAAAAAACUAGAACUUAAAACUUCUGACUGCUACUUUAGUUGUCUUUUACUCUGCACCACACUAAGAAAAAACCAAGUGCAAUUUCUCACUCCCUAACAAAAUGCCCGACUUUAUUUCCAAAUGUUUCUUUUAUUUAUUGCAAAUAUGCUGCGUUGACCUUCGUUCCAACCUAAGUACUAAUUCUUAAGUCCCAAGUUAAUAAUAAUUAACUUCCAAAUGGUGCCUAAAUGCAUUUCUGAGCCUCAUGAUCAAGUGGGAUAAACUUUAAUAAAUUGGAUUAUCUUGAGAAACUUCAGAAAAUAAAUUCGACAAGAAAUGUAUGAAGGCCGUAAACAAUCCACACACUCCUGUCCCCCGAACUGACAGGCAAAGGAGAAACGGGCGACCCAGCCCAGCCGAGUAGGCAGCUGUCCCUUUUCCAGACCCAGAAAGUAAGUGGUAUGAAAGGAGAGGGUAGCUCUGGACUGAAACAUUCAGGGCAAGGCCUCCUGGCAUCCUCUACCCCACACCACAAAGGCCUCAGAAAUAAGGCCCCAAGGUCCGUAGGCAGGCCCCGGCUGCGGGUGCAGUCCAAGAGCCCCCGCCCCGGGGACUCGCUGACUCUGGCUUUCUCAGGACAGUCUGUUCCUAUAUCCCUACCCCCAAAACCAAGUAAAGGAGCAGGAACAUCGCCCCUAAAAACCCGCGAGGGGAAGGGCCAAAGCCGCAGGGCUUCAGACUGGCCGCUCCCGGGCCCACCAGAUCCAGGAGGGAUGCCCAAGGAGGGCGGUUUCCUCUCUCGGGGCGAACUCGGCCCCAGGCCCCAAGUAGCCGGUACUGGCCCCCGCCCUCUUGGGUACUACCUAACCGAGCAGGGGUGGCCAGGCCCACCUCGGAGCUCACCUUCCAGUUCCGGGAAGCCGGCCGGCCGUCAGUCGGUCCCGAAUUCCAUCCACACACAGCGUCUUCCGGCUCCCGCCGGAAGCAGCUCGAGCGCGGGACAGGAAGUUUGGCUGACCCCGCACGCACACACCCACUCGCUCGCCUCAGUGCCGUUUGGCUGCUGCACUGCUCGGGACCCAGACGUCAAGGCUGCUGGCGGGGCCUCCCCAGGCCCGCGACGCAGGGCUCCGCCCCGGACAGGAGGAGCCGCAGCCGCCCCGCUCCCACUCACUCACUCUCGGCCUUCGGGACUCCUAUGUCCGCGAAGCCCGAAAAAACAGGUCAGCUAA